CAUUUGUCAAAAACUUAUUGUAGUAAUUUCAGGAUAAAAAAUACAACCUUAUUUUCGGCCUGAAAAUGGCCUCAUUAAUGAAUGUUCUGUUGCGAAAAUCAGCUAAUUUUACCGCUAACAAGGCCCUGCUGAACAACAUCCCAGCUAUACAUAAUGUGAACUCAAACCGCCAGGGCCACAGAUGGUCGCCCGAUGCGGAGUAUGUGAAGCAGUUUGAAGGGGUUGUCAUGUACCCAGAUGACGUUACAUCGCUCAUGCAGCACCCACCAUAUAACAGUGUGAUCACACCGGUCCAGAAGCAGGUCCGCAACAUGAUCCUGAACUUUGGCCCGCAGCACCCGGCUGCACACGGCGUCUUGAGGCUCGUUCUUGAGCUAGAUGGAGAAACUGUCCGCGCAGCUGAUCCACAUAUAGGGCUCCUACACAGAGGAACUGAGAAGCUUAUUGAAUAUAAGACAUACACACAAGCGUUACCAUACUUCGAUCGCCUGGACUACGUGUCUAUGAUGUGCAACGAGCAGUGCUACAGUUUGGCAGUGGAGAAACUACUUAAUAUUGAUAUUCCACCCCGGGCCAAGUAUAUACGCACUUUAUUUGCGGAAAUCACGCGUAUUCUCAACCACAUAAUGGCGGUGGGCACGCACGCGCUCGACAUCGGCGCCCUCACCCCCUUCUUCUGGCUGUUCGAGGAGAGGGAGAAGAUGAUGGAGUUCUACGAGAGAGUGAGUGGCGCUAGGAUGCACGCCGCUUAUAUUAGGCCGGGUGGAGUUUCCUUGGACAUGCCCCUGGGCCUGAUGGACGACAUCUACGAAUUCGCGGAGAAGUUCGCCGAGCGACUGGACGAGGUGGAGGACGUGCUGACCAGCAACCGGCUGUGGGUGCAGCGCACGCGCGACAUCGGCCUCGUGUCCGCGCAGGACGCCCUCAACUACGGCUUCAGCGGCGUAAUGCUUAGAGGCUCCGGUAUCAAGUGGGACCUGCGUAAAACACAACCGUAUGACGCGUACGCAGACGUGGAAUUUGAUGUGCCCAUCGGCACCAACGGAGAUUGUUACGAUAGAUAUUUGUGCCGUGUGGAGGAGAUGCGCCAGUCGUUACGUAUUAUCGAGCAGUGUUUGAAUAAAAUGCCUCCCGGUGAGGUGAAAACUGACGACGCCAAGCUCACGCCGCCUUCCAGGGAAGAAAUGAAGACUUCGAUGGAGGCGCUGAUCCAUCACUUCAAGCUGUUCACGCAGGGCUACCAGGUGCCGCCGGGCUCCACAUACACGGCUGUGGAGGCACCCAAAGGGGAAUUCGGGAUUUAUCUCGUGUCCGAUGGUGGUUCCAAGCCUUAUAGAUGCAAGAUCAAGGCGCCAGGAUUCGCCCAUUUGGCGGCCCUGGAGAAAAUUGGCAAGAACUCGAUGCUCGCCGACAUUGUGGCCAUCAUCGGCACCUUGGAUGUGGUGUUCGGGGAGAUUGACCGAUGAACAGCCAGCUGUUGUGCGUAGAGCGAGAGGUGCGGUUUGCAGAUUUAUCAAAGGGAACGGAAACCGGCAGCCACCUUGAAAAUUUUCAAAUUAAAUUUAUUAUCAAAAUCGGAUCUCUCGCUCUACGUACCUACACUCCGAUUUUUCUUACGAGUCCAACAUGUAAAAAAUCUUCACAGUACAUAUUGUUAAGUUUUGUUGAAAAUUAAGGUAUAUUUGCUGCAACAUCAAAAAAAUACACAUAUAUAAUAUAUAAACGUACGUAUUUAUGACAUAACUUGUUUGGACGAUGACAUAGUUUACAUAAUAAGGCUUGUAAUGAAAAACCGGAGUUUACCUGUAAUUUAUAAGCGCAACCUCUGAACAGUAGUAAAUUGUACAUAUAUAAGUUAUUUCCAUUUAGAUCUAUAUCUGCAUUGAAAUUUUCAACUAAUUCAGUUCUAUUGUAAUACGCUACGUAAAUACGGUAUAAUAAAUGGAUGUGAAUGGA